AUGCUUGCAGGUCCGAUUUCCAAAGAUGAUGACAUGCUGUCGGAUUUUGCAGCAGACACAACGUUUCUGCUAGACUUGGGAGGUCCAGAUAGGCCCACAGCAAAUCGCACGCCAAGAAGAACCCGCGAUCGGAUGACUGUUGCCCACCACCAUGCUGCUGCCCACCUCCCCCGUGUUGCUGCCCACCCAAGUGCUGCUGCGAGAGCAUGGCGGACGUGCAGGAGCAGCAACAGCAACAGUCGACCAACCGAGCAGAUGAUUGCUGCCCACCGCCAUGUUGCUGCCCUCCACCACCGUGUUGCUGCCCUCCCAAGUGUUGCUGCCCUCCCAAACCGCAUGGAGAAGGACAUGAAGGAUAAACUCCUGAUUGCGGCUACCGCGCUUGGUGCGGGAUUAGCCUUGGGGGCUGGUGCCAUGUACGUUAUUAAUUCGGCCGUCGGAAAAGAAGAGAAUGAAACAUACGUUGUUGGUUACGCGGAGGGCGAAAACCCUGCCGAAUUGAAGAAGAAAAUCGGUUUCUUGGAGCAGAAAAUCAUAGAGUUGAAGGAAGCUACGGCGAAGAAAAUGACACAGUCGUUUUCGAGUUGCGCAUCAGUUGCGAGUUUUUAUUCCAUGGGUUCCGAUGAUGGCGACUUCUUCGAUCUUGAAAGUGACGAAGAGGAUCUGCAAAAUGAAGAUGAUAUGCGAAAAACAGUCGUCAUAAGAGCGCCCGAAUUGGUCGCUGUCGAUGAAUUAUUCGAGAAAAGUGAAAAUCACGAAGCAUUUGAUAGACUUAAUGCCCUUGAAGGAGACUUGAAAGAUGAUGCUGAAUGGGCGUGGAGAAUGAGCAAAGCAUGCCACAUGAAGUCGUCUAUGUCGCCUGCAAGAGGAUCUGGUGCCGAGAAAGAAUGGAUUUACAAAGGUAUUGAGCAUGCCGAGAAGGCAUUGCAACUCAAUUCCGAAUCCGCCGACGCGCACAAGUGGUUUGCCAUUAAUGUUGGUAGCCGCGGGAAGUUUCUCAGCGUGAAAGAAAAAAUUCAAGAUGGUUUCACGUUCAAGGAUCAUUUGGAAAAGGCUAUUGCACUGAAGCCUUUAGAUUUCGUCUUGUAUCAUCUCCUAGGCCGUUUUUGUUUUGAGGUUUCUCAACUGUCAGUGUGGGAAAGAUCCAUUGCUUCAACACUCUUCGCCGCCCCACCGACUUCAUCGUUUCCUGAAGCGCUGGAGCUAUUUGAACGAGCGGAUGCCUUGAAUCCGAAACCACCCGGUUGGAAAGAAAACAAACUGUUCCGCGCAAAAACUUUGAUUCUAAUGAAGAGGUACAAAGAGGCCGCCGAUGUUCUCCAGAGUGCUUCGGGGAUUCCAACUAAGCCUCAAGACGUUCAAGUUCAGGAAGAAGUGGAGCGAUUACUGAAGAAGUACGUCAAGUAUCGGUUGCUCCGAAUGGCUGAGCUUAGAAAGCGCAGAAAAAGUUUAAAAACGAAUGUUAAAAAUGAGGAAAUGUGGAAAUUGGUCCGUGUUGCGUGCACUUGCGGGAGUGACAUGAUUCCUGAAGAACACUUGAAGAAUCUCAAGAAAUUCUGCAAAGAUUCCGAUGCGUCUGUUGAAGAAGCUUUCUGCGCCAUUUUGUACCGUUUGUACGAAAAACAUGCUGAAGUACGCCUGGCAGCCUUUACCCUGUUACAGUACCUAUUCCAGCGUUCGAAACGUUGCAAGCAGCUAUUUUUGGAGCACUUGGAUGACUUUUUUGUCUCCUGUCUUGGAAUGAACACGAAGUACUCCGAAACGAAUGACGUGGAAAAUGGUACGUUGCCGCUUCCGAAACAUGCCGCGGAUGAAUUGCGGUGGAGAGCUGCAAAAUUCUUCGUCGAAUGGAAACGAUCGUUUGGGAAAAAGAUGCCAUCGGAGGUCGAGUUAGGGUUUAAGUUUAUUGUGAACUACAAAGGUUUUGAUUUGAAAUCUAUGAUCGAGAAAAUCGAACGAGAUCAUGAGUGCAAGGUUGAAGAGGAAAAGCGUGAAGCCGCCUUGAGACAACGAAGGGUGGAGCAAAUCCGGGAGGAAUUUUCCGAUACCGGCGAGGAAAUCGAAAGCUGUCUCGAACAGUUGAGUGCAUGCAUGGAACUUCUCGUUCCUUCAUUGGAAACUUUUGGGAAUGGCGCAGUUGUUGAAAAAGAUGAGGACGAAGAAGAAGGUUUGGACUCGUUAAGGGGCCAUGGAAUAAUGACUACGGGAACUGAACUGGUUGUGACAAUCAAUAAAUCUGACACAAUUUUCGAAAAUUCGAAAGAAAAUGCCCCUGUGAUCGAAGCAGCUGCCGACUUGCGACGACUUCUUAUCAAACGAUGGCUUCCUAGGAUAAUUCGUUGGUUUGAAGCUUGCAGACGAUUUGGAGGAGAUGCAGAGUCGGAGUUACUUGAGAAGAUCUCUGGAAUGAAAUCCGAAGCGGAGAAAAUUCUCGGCAAAUACAACCAACUCCAGCUUCCGACGUCUCUCAAAGCGCCUCGGAAUCAAGAACAAUUUCAGCUAACUGAAGAGUACAUGGAUUCGGACUCAGAUUCUGAAUGCAGUUGGGAGUCGGUCACUGAAAACGACUAUGAAGAACCCGACGAAGGAAUUUCUCCCGUGAAGGCAGAAUUGAAAUCGGAAAGUUCUAUCCUUGAUGUUCCGGGUCCGUCUGGAAGCAAGAGAAGUGCUAGACUUGAGAAAUGCGACGACUGGGAAGUUAAUCGAAAGAGAUUUGAUGAACUUGAAGAAGAGGAUCCUACCACUUGGAUGGGUCAGAUGCGUGCUCGAUAUGGUUCGCGAUGGAAGGAUUGCUUUCGUCGAGACCCGGAGGAAUCUAAGGACGGUGGAGGCCGAAGUAUUCUGAAAUUUUUGGAAACGUACGGUCCAUCCAAGUCAAUAAUUUCUUCCGCAGCCGUCGAAGGCAAUCAAGUUUGGUGCUCACGCCGAGAUUUAUCUAAAGAAGAGGAAGAAAUGCUUGAGAAAAGUCACGAAGCAAUGACCAACGCAAAUGCUAGAGUGAUCGACUUUACCGGAUCUUUCACGCCCGUUACACACGUUUGCAAGGCUCCAUUACCAUCAGGCAAAUUAUGUCCGCGGCAAGAUCGUGUCAAAUGUCCUUUUCACGGCAUCAUCAUUCCAAGAGACGAUUUCGGAAAGGCACUUGAUGGAAGUGAGGAUGAAACUAUGAAGUUUCAAAAUAAAGACGGUUUGAAAGCUGAAGAUGCGAAGGAGGAAAUUUUGGAUCUGGUUCCCGAUUGGCAGGAUCCGGAGUUGCUUCGUCGACUGAAGGAAGAAACUGGUGUUGAUUUAAAAAUGCCAGAACGUCGUGGAAAAAGAUCGAAGCCUAAGAGUAAACCGGAUCCUUCCAACGGUGAACGUAGGCGACGUUUCCCGAAUCUGACCGAUAUUUGUCUAUUGUUACGUCAGAGUAACAGCAGAUCGAGGCUCAAGAAAAAGGUUUUGUCCAAGUCAUCCUUGAAACGCGUCGGAAUGAAAAUGGACGCUGCAGACCGGAAGAAACAUCGGGAUAAAUUUGGUUACUCGCGUAACGAUAGUCGAGUCGACAGCGGAAGCUGGCUUCCUCGUUCAGCGGCGGCCAUGUCGGCGAGACGCAGUUCGGGGAUGGGCGGGUCGUCUGUGGGCGCCUCGAGUUCUAUCGCGAGUGUUGUGGGGGCGUCGGAUCCGUUGCGGGAACUUUUCGAAGCCUGUCGUAACGGGGACGUGGUCAAGGUCAAGAAACUCGUCUCGACCCAGAACGUGAAUGCGCGGGAUACUGCCGGGCGCAAGUCGUCUCCUCUUCAUUUUGCAGCAGAAGCCCUUUCCUUGAUUCAAUUCUUUGCAAAAGGUUUUGGACGACGGGAUGUGGUGGAUCAUUUGUUGAGCUGUGGUGCAAAUGUGCAUGCCCGUGACGAUGGUGGACUCAUCCCGCUGCAUAAUGCUUGCUCGUUUGGACAUGCGGAAGUCGUGCGUUUGCUUUUGCAAGCUGGAGCGGACCCGAAUGCCCGCGACAACUGGAAUUACACCCCACUACACGAGGCGGCUACCAAGGGCAAACUAGACGUGUGCAUCGUGUUGUUGCAACACGGUGCCGAUCCCCAUAUUCGAAAUACUGAUGGAAAGACCGCUGCCGAGGUGUCGGACUCGAGUGCGAGAGCGGUUUUGACCGGAGAGUACAGAAAGGAAGAAGUGCUGGAAGCUGCUCGAUCUGGCGCAGAAGACAGACUUUUGGCAUUGCUUACGCCUUUGAAUGUCAAUUGCCAUGCCGCGGAUGGUCGUCGGUCUACACCGUUACACCUGGCUGCAGGUUAUAACAGGACAAGAAUUGUGCAGAUUUUGCUGCAACAUGGUGCCGACGUUCAUGCUAAAGACAAAGGGGGUUUGGUGCCAUUGCAUAAUGCCUGCUCGUAUGGGCAUUUCGAAGUGACUGAGCUGUUGAUCAGUGCUGGUGCAAAUGUCAACGCGAUGGAUCUGUGGCAAUUCACGCCUUUGCACGAAGCGGCUUCCAAAAUGCGCACGGAGGUCUGUUCGUUACUGAUGGCCCACGGUGCGGACCCCACGCUGCUCAACUGUCACUCAAAGUCUCCGGUUGAUCUGGCCCCAAGUCCAGAGCUGCAAGAAAAGCUGGCCUAUGAAUUCAAGGGUCAUUGCUUGUUGGAUGCUUGUCGUCAAGCGGACGUACAGCGUGUCAAAAAAGCCAUUAGCCCAGAAGUGAUAAAUUUCAAGCACCCUUACACUGGUGACACCUCCUUGCAUUGCGCCGUGAGUUCUUUGGGGAGUAGGAGAAAGCAAGUGGUGGAGCUGCUGCUGCGAAAGGGAGCAAAUCCAAACGAGAAAAGCAAAGAAGUGCUCACUCCUCUGCACGUGUCUGGUGACCAUUUCCAUUUGGAUGUGAUGGAGUGCCUGCUUCGGAACGGUGCAAAAACGAAUGCCUUGGAUGGCUUCGGUCAGACUGCCUUGCACCGAUGCGCACGCGAUGGAAACGUAGCUGCGUGCCGUUUGCUUAUAAACUACGGUGUGGAUAAGGCGAUUGUGUCGUUGCAAGGCUACACGGCGAUCCAACUGGCCACGGACAGUGCUCAGAAAGUGUUGAUGAAGGAUGACGAAGCAUCGGUGCCCGUGGGUUCCGUGAACCCGCCACCGAUUACAGUGUCAUCCCCGUCGGUACUGCUGUCGCGUAGUGGGUCUUCAUCGCCAUCGCCUUCGGCUUCGCUGAUCAGUGGUGGAGUAGGCGGAGGCAGCGGGUCUUCUUCGGCGUCGUCCACGGCGUCAACUGGAACGGUUGUACCUUGUGUUGGUGGUUUAGAAGCGGAGUCGCAAUUGCUCGAGGCAGCUAAGCAAGGAGAUUUGGAGCUGGUGAAGAAAAUACUCACUGCUCAUCCGCAAAUCGUCAAUUGUCGAGAUUUAGAAGGACGACAUUCGACGCCGUUGCAUUUCGCCGCGGGCUACAAUCGUGUGGCAGUGGUGGAAUAUCUGUUGAGCCACGGUGCCGAUGUUAGCGCACGAGACCGAGGUGGGCUCGUAGCUCUGCACAACGCUUGCUCCUACGGACACCUGGAGAUUUGCCAGUUACUAGUGCGCCAUGGGGCGUCGGUCAACGUGCCGGACUUGUGGAAGUUUACGCCGCUGCAUGAAGCCGCCGCAAAGGGCAAGUACGACAUCGUCAAGCUUCUGCUGAAGCACGGCGCCGACCCAGCGAAAAAGAACCGCGAGGGCCAGGCCCCGCUUGACCUCGUUCGAGAAGGUGACGAAGAGGUUGCGGACCUGCUGCGCGGUGAUGCCGCCCUUUUGGACGCGGCGAAACGAGGCCAGCUGACCCGAGUCAAGCGUCUUCUUUCGCCCGAAAACAUCAACUGCCGCGAUUCCCUUGGCCGCAACUCGACUCCGCUCCACCUCGCCGCUGGAUACAACAACCUGGAAGUGGCGGAAUAUCUGUUGGAAAACGGCGCCGACGUGAACGCUCAAGACAAGGGCGGUCUCAUCCCGCUUCACAACGCAUCUUCCUACGGACACCUGGACAUUGCUGCUCUGCUCAUCAAGUAUGACACGCUGGUAAAUGCCACGGACCGAUGGGGUUUCACGCCGUUGCACGAAGCAGCGCAAAAGGGACGUACCCAAUUGUGCGCCUUGUUAUUGGCUCAUGGUGCGGAUCCGUAUUUGAAGAACCAGGAAAGUCAGACGCCGCUUAACUUGGCGACUGCGGAGGAUGUGAAGUGUUUGUUGCAGGACUCGAUGGCGAAUGCGCCGGCGACCACGGCGGCCAGUGCUGCGACCGCCUCGGCUGUGGUUAAUGGCAAUGGUGGGACAUUGUUGGCGGGUAUCAGCACAGCGGAUAUCAGCGCGAUAGCGGGCAUGCCGGGAGACGGAGCCGCGGCGCCGAUUGUGGUGUUGCCUGUCCCGCCAAUUUUGCCCUCAGGGAUGCCACAUCCCGGGGACGGGUGCUUGGACUUUUCGGACGGGGAGAUGCAGAACGUGGAGCUUAGUUGUGAUGUUACGAUGGCGACGUUUUUGCAAAGUUUGGGGUUGGAACACCUACAAGAACUUCUGGAUAAGGAGCAAAUAACGUUGGACAUCCUCGCCGAGAUGAAUCAUGAGGAUUUGAAGCAAAUAGGCGUAACUGCUUAUGGCAACAGGCAUCGAUUGCUAAAAGGUGUUCAGAGGAUUGCCCCGGCUGUCGGCGCGCUGAGCGACGCUCCUGGCUCUCCUGGAGGAGUUUCAUGGAGCGGUGCGACGAGCAGCACUUUAUUGGUCGAGCUUCCUCCCAAGUCCCGGGAUUACGAGGCUGUGGAAGAAGAGCUGCAGACGACGAUACGAGAGCAUAAGGACAAUGGGGCAGCAGGUGGUGUGUUCGUACGCUAUAAGGUUGUGAAAAUCAGCAAAAUCAGAAACAGGCGGUUGUGGGAGCGUUAUGUGCAUCGCAAGAAGGAGGUAGCGGACGAGAAUAAUGGACACGCGAAUGAACGAAUGCUGUUCCAUGGCUCACCUUUCAUCAAUGCGAUUGUGCACAAGGGUUUCGAUGAGCGCCAUGCUUACAUUGGCGGCAUGUUUGGUGCUGGGAUUUACUUCGCGGAAAAUUCCUCGAAGAGCAAUCAGUAUGUGUACGGGAUUGGAGGGGGGACAGGUUGCCCCACCCACAAGGACAGAUCGUGUUAUGUUUGUCAAAGGCAAAUGUUGCUUUGCCGCGUGACUCUCGGGAAGUCUUUCUUGCAAUUUAGUGCCAUGAAAAUGGCGCAUGCUCCGCCGGGGCACCAUUCCGUGAUCGGGCGGCCGUCGCAAGGCGGUUUGUCCUUCCCGGAGUAUGUCGUGUAUCGAGGAGAACAGGCAUACCCGGAAUACCUGGUGACUUACCAAAUUGUGAAACCUGAAGAAAGCCUUGUAUCUGACGGAGCCACCACAGCUCCGUGAUGAUUGCUGGAAACGUGUUAACGUUCAUUCGACCAUGUAGACCAAAAACUGCGGAGGUUUUAGGUCGUUCCUGCCUUCAUUGUUCAUGAAAAGUUUUGUUUUUCGCAUCAAAGGCAUAUCGUCCCCCCUGCAAGUGUAAUUUUUUUUUUGAUUCAACAGAAACCAUCCAGUGUACAGGAGAGAAUUUCGCGUCGGAGUUGAGAUCUGAAAAAGAAGUAUUUCUUGUAACGCUUUCGAAAGAUGUUGAAGUUGUGGUUGAAGGAGAAGCGUUUAGUUUCGGAUGUUACGAUUGAAUCCCAGCUAAUUGCAACAAUUGUAAAUGAACCGACCUUCGUAGAAAAAUAACAUUUUUAUUUCAAAUCAAAAUGAGACAAGCAACGAUUCGUAAAUAUUCAAUUCGCGAGAUUGCUUCAAUUGCACCGAUUCAAGCAGCUUGACUUUACACCGAGUGACCUUCGUGAGGAACGUUGUUCGCCAUGGAAAAAGUGUGCCUCCGUCAAUUUUUACAAAUAAAUAGUUUUCCAGUCGAAAGUCCCUUCGCGAUAAAAUCCUUGACGAGAAAAAGAAGCAUCCACGGAUGGUUGAUCUUCGCAUUUGCUGCGGGAAUGAAGGAGAGACGAUUACUGUAUCUGUGACACAGCUGCUAUCGGAAAAAUGGAUACAAAUUGAGCGAA